GAACUAUCCAACAAGUUCCGCCCGGGCAUUUUCGCACUCCGCACCAUGGACGUUGAGGGCCCGGCGGUGGUCACGGUGCAGUUCCGCUGGGCCACCGAGACGUUCCUCCGGACGGAGGACUCCUGCGUUGGACCACUGCUUGAGUCAACAGCAAGUACGUAAUGCCUUUCGACCGAGCGCACGGCCGGCAUAUCUACCGGAGUCGUGGCACGCUGGAUGGAAAGGGUGGCUUGAGACUGCAGUACCAGAAGUCGGAGAGUGAGAACGGCGGAUGGGAAAUUAGCGGUUCCCAAGGCAAGUGCCUCUAUCGCUUGAUCACCGAUGCCGAGUCACCGGCGGACUUCCUGGGCUCUCAGACCUGGGCGCGCGCCUUUGGUGAGCCGACCCAGCUAGUUGUGAUGCAGAAGCACCGCGCCGAGAUCGAGCCCGGAGGCUGGAUCGAGCCAGGGCUUUUGGCCUUUGAUCGAAGCUGGUGAGGCUUCUUCAAGCGCCGAUGAGCAGAACAAAACAUGGCAUCGUCCGAAAAGGGAGACCGUGGGAGGACAGGAGGAAGAUGGAGGAAGAGUCCUUCGGAAUCGAUUGGAAUAGAGCCACACAAAAGCCCUGCCCAUCCCUGCCCCAUCGGGCUCUAUCCAGUGUACACACAUCAAGAGAGACACUUUAGUGCUAUGGCCGUGGCUCCAUACCACGCA